AUGAGCGACGCUGAGAAUCCGUACCUGGCGCAUCGUGCGAAAGGCACGCCGCGCGCGGACAAGGACCCCCUCGCGGGCCUCGUGCCGCGCGAGGUGACCGGAAAGCAGGCUCGGCGCGUGCUUGACGGCGGUGUGAACCCGUUUUCGCACGGCGGGCCGCGCGCGUACUCGGACGCCUACCAAAAGAUCCUCGCGAAGCGCAAGGACCUGCCUGUCUUUGCACAGAUGGAAGAGUUCUAUGAAAAGUUUAAUGCGAACCAGAUCAUGGUCAUGAUCGGUGAGACGGGCUCGGGCAAGACGACGCAGAUUCCGCAGUUUGUGGCGAUGAGCGACCUGCAGUUCAACAAGCCGGUGCGCACCUCGGACGGGAGCGUCGGGCCGCGCAUGAUUGCGUGCACGCAGCCGCGUCGUGUCGCCGCGAUGAGCGUCGCGAAGCGUGUCGCAGAGGAGAUGGACCUGACGCUCGGCAAAGAGGUCGGCUACACGAUCCGUUUCGAGGACAUGACCGAGCGCAGCUCGACCUUUCUCAAGUACAUGACUGACGGUAUGCUCCUGCGCGAGGCCAUGAAUGACCCGAACCUCGACCGCUACUCGACAAUCAUUUUGGACGAGGCGCACGAGCGCACACUCGCCACCGACAUUCUCAUGGGCCUGCUCAAGGACGUGGCCAAGCGCCGUCCGGACCUCAAGAUUAUUGUGAUGAGCGCGACGCUCGACGCGCUCAAGUUCCAAAAGUACUUUAACGACGCGCCGCUCCUCAAGGUGCCCGGCCGCACGUUCCCGGUCGAGACGUUCUACACCCAGGAGCCGGAGAAGGACUAUGUCGAGGCCGCGAUCCGGACCGUGCUCAUGAUCCACCAGGCCGAGGAGCCGGGCGAUAUCCUCGUCUUCCUCACGGGUGAGGACGAGAUCGAGGACGCGUGCCGCAAGAUCCGCAACGAGGCCGACAAGCUCCUCGAGGACGAGCCGGAGCUCUGUGGGCCGCUCAAGGUCGUGCCGCUCUACUCGUCGCUGCCGCCCGCGCAGCAGCAGCGCAUCUUUGAUCCCGCACCGGAGCCGGCGCGCGCGGGUGGGCCGCCGGGACGCAAGGUCGUCGUGAGCACCAACAUUGCCGAGACCUCGCUGACGAUCGACGGCAUUGUCUACGUGGUCGACCCGGGCUUUAGCAAGCAAAAGGUGUACAACCCGCGCAUCCGCGUCGAGUCGCUGCUGGUCAGCCCCAUCUCCAAGGCCUCCGCACAGCAGCGCGCGGGCCGUGCGGGCCGCACGCGCCCGGGCAAGUGCUUCCGCCUGUACACGGAAAAGGACUGGGCGGCGGAGCUCAUCGAGCAGACCUACCCCGAGAUCCUCCGUUCGAACCUCGCAAAUACCGUGCUCGAGCUGAAGAAGCUCGGCAUCGACAACCUCGUCACCUUUGACUACAUGGACCCGCCCGCGCCGGAAACGGUGAUGCGUGCGCUCGAGCUGCUCAACUACCUCGCGGCCUUUGACGACAAUGGUAAUUUGACGCCGCUGGGGGAGAUCAUGGCCGAGUUUCCGCUCGACCCGCAGCUCGCCAAGAUGCUCAUCAUCUCGCCCGAGUUCAAGUGCUCGAACGAGAUUUUGUCCAUCGCCGCCAUGCUUUCGGUGCCGAGCGUGUUUGUGCGCCCAAGCCAGGCCGCGCAGCGCCAGGCCGCGGACGCGGCACGCGCCGAGUUCGCGCACCCGGACGGCGACCAUCUCACGAUGCUCAACGUGUACCACGCGUACAAGACCAACUGCCCAGACUUUGCGACGGGCGCCGACUGGUGCUGGCAGAACUACCUGUCGCACCGCGCGCUGAUCCAGGCGGACAAUGUGCGCCAGCAGCUGCAGCGCACGAUGGAGCGCUUCGACCUGGACCUCGUCUCGCUGCCGUUUGACGACAAGCGGUACUACACCAACAUCCGCCAGGCGAUUGCGUGCGGCUUCUUUAUGCAGGUCGCGCACAAGUCCGCCGGCGGCGGGGGGCGGGGUGCGUACAAGACGGUCAAGGACAACCAGGUCGUUUCGCCGCACCCGUCCACGACGCUCGACCACAUGCCCGAGUUCCUCGUGUACCACGAGUUUGUGCUCACGUCUCGCAAUUUUAUUCGCACGGUGUCCGAAGUGCGGCCGGAAUGGCUCCUCGACUGCGCUCCGGCGUACUACGACCCACGCACGCUCGACGGCGAGCUCAAGCGUGUCUUUGAAGCGCUCCUCAAGCGCAAAGAGACCGAAGGGCGCUCGGCCAAGAAGAUGCGCCGGUAG